UUUUUUUUUUUAUUUCUUUGUUUUUGAAUAAACAUAUAAUAUAUAUCCAUCAUCCAUUUUAUACCAUAAAUCAAUAAUACACAUUCCUUCUUUUAUUAUUACUCCUAUUUUAGAAUGACUCAAUACGGAUCCAUAUCAACACAGAAAAAGAUACAUCAUCUUACUCAAGCAGAACGUGAUUUAUUACAAAGUGAUCGUCCUGGUUAUGGUACUAGAAGUAGAAUAGAAGUUGCUUUCAAUCUUGUUAAUGCCACCGUCGGAGCAGGAAUCAUUGGAUUACCUUUUGCUAUUUCCCAUUGUGGUUUUAUUUUGGGUUUUGUCGUAUCUAUAUUUGUUGCCAUUCUUUCUCAAUUGGGUCUCUACAUGGUAGUCCUUGCUGGUCAACGAUUAGGAAUCUAUAAAUUCGCAUUGUUAGUAGAAUAUUUAUUUGGUCGUCCUGGUUUCCAUUUCUUGAAUCUUAUGAUCUUCAUUCAAGCUGGUGGUGCUUGUAUCAGUUAUUUUAUAUUAUUGGGUGAUACUAUACCUAUUUUAUUGGAACCUUAUUUACCUGAACUAGAGAUUGUAUCGGAAAGAACUCUUGUUAUGGGCUUUAUUGGGAUAUUUUGCAUUUUACCAUUGAAUUUGGCAAGAUCUAUUGGUGCACUUGCCAAGUGGUCUAUCCUUUCUGUCAUGUUAUUUCCUGUGGUUCUUUUGACUAUUAUUAUACGUGCUCCUUCUUACAUUCCCGAAGAACCUAUUCCAGUGACUUGGAUUGGCACCGAUGUAUUUGGCGCUUUAGGUGUAUUUGCAUUUGCCUUUACUUGUUCUCAAGUUGCUUUCAACAAUUACUUGACUUUAGAAGAUCAAUCAUCUCAAAGUUGGUGUCAAUCAACCACUUUAUCGACUUUUACUAGUUGGCUGAUUUCCAUGGUAUUUGCCAUCUUGGGCUACUUUUGUUUUGGUGAAAACGUUCAACCCAAUUUAUUCAUGAAUUUUGCUACAGAUGAUCUGAUUAUCAAUAUAGGUCGAUUUAUUCUUGGUUGUACUAUGAUCUUAACUAUUCCACUUGGCUUCUAUCCGACAAGAGAAGCCGUACAGAAAGUACUUGGAUACGAAACAGCUACUAAACAACCUAAUCAACUACAACAUUAUACCGUCACCUUUGUUCUCUUUUUCGUCAUCCUUUUUGCUGGAAUCACUAUCCGAUCUCUUGGAAAAGUUUAUGGUUUCGUUGGGGGCAUUUCUGCAACAACAUUAGCUUUUAUUUUACCUUCCGUGGCUUAUUGGGUGGCAGCAAAACAAUAUCGAUCUAGAACUUCUUCUUCUUCUUCUUCUUCUUCUGAAGCGACAACAGCAGCACUAGCAGCAGCAGCAGCGACAAUAUCGAUUGAACCUACUUUGACGCAAACAUCAACAUUAUAUAAUGGGAUCAGUAAUGGAAACAAUGGCUAUUAUUAUUCUACAGUGGAAGACAAACAACUUUUAUGGGAUAUGGCAUCUACUUCUUCUUCUUCUCGUAGCCCAUAUUAUGUAGAUGAAGAAGAUGUAUCUACUGUGGAUGGUGGUCUAGACGAUUUAGAUGGUGAUGAUGACCUGAAUGAUGACUAUAUUGGUAAGCCAAGUGUUUUCUUGGAUAUCAUGGCAGUGGUUCUUUUCAUUUGGGGAUUCGUGGUCAUGAUACUUUCUGUGUCAAGUGUGUUAUUACAAGACUAGUUAGAUAGAUUCCCUUUUUAUUAUACCCUUUUUUUUUAUUUCUUUAUAUUCCCCCCAUUUUUUUUUUUAUCAUUCAUAUUUGAUUUUCACCUUCCCCCCUUUAUUUUAUCCCUCACUGGAUUCCGUUAUCUAUCUAUUUAUUAUUUCACCUCUCAUAUUCUACUGCUGAUAAACUAUCUUACAUAUACAUCUAUGCAUAUACAUACAUAUAUAAUAAAUAACAUUUGUUAUCAUUUACCUGCA